GAGCGGUGGACUCGGGGAUGUUCGCUCAUGAAGUGCAUAUUCGAGAGCAGGGCUGCCGAGGAGGCAAAGAAGGAGGAGGCGGCGCAGCGGGCGGCGCAGCAAGCUCAGGAGGCGGCGGCGAAGGAGACGUCAGCGACGGAGGCGGCGGGGCCAGCCCCAGCACAUUGCGCCGCGUGCCUCAUGAAGAUGCUCAAGCCCACGAUUCGGCCCAAGGUGAAGCACCCAUGCAGCCGUGCACUCAAAGGGGUGAUCCCACGCUAUACGCGCAGCAGUGGCAGCAGUUGCAACGCCGUCGAGCUGGGGUCGUUCAAGAAGCCCAAUGGCUGCUGGCUGUUUAAAUGCAGGUCUGAGUCAAAGAGGACGGCAAAGCUACCGCAGGGCGUCUUGCUUGACGGAUGCAACAAGGUUAAAAGGAAGUUCGACCAUCGCAACGUGUCUUCUGAGAAGCAGGCGUACAUCGCCGUGGUCGCGUUCCUGCAGGACGCCAUCAAGCGCGGGCUGGUGGAGGCGGCCCCGUGA